AUGGAUUAUUGGAAAUCACACCGGACGCUGAAAUUUGCAAGGGAAAUCGAUGAGGGAACACCUGAGUGUGGGUUUGAAAGCUUGCCUUCUUACUUAUACAUGAUAAGAAGGGCAGAUCCGAGUACAGUUACGCGUCUUCAAAUUGAUGAGCUUGGAAGAUUCAUGUAUGUGUUUCUUGCGUUUGGUGCGAGCGUAAAUGGGUUUCCUUUCAUGCGCAAAGUUGUUGUAGUCGACGGUACGUUUCUCAAUGGUAAAUACAAAGGGACGCUACUCACAUCACUAGCUCAGGAUGGUAACUUUCAGAUUUUUCCAAUAGCCUUCGCAGUGGUUGACACUGAAAAUGAUGAUUCGUGGCAUUUGUUUUUUACGCAACUAAAACUUUUGAUUCCUGACGAUGAGGGUCUUGCGAUAAUCUCGGAUAUGCAUAACUCGAUAGGGAAAGCAAUUAGAAAUGUGUAUAUGUUAGCUUCUCGGGGAAUAUGCACCUACCAUUUAUAUAAGAACAUAUUGGGACGAUACAAAGGAAAAGAUGUAUUUCGUCUGGUGAAGAAAGCGGCGAGAUAUUUUAGGAUGUCUGACUUUACUGCGAUUUUCGAGGAGAUUGAAGCGAUUAAUCAUGCAUUCCACGUCUACCUCCAAAGAGCUGAUGUCCGACUGUGGACGCGUGUUCAUUUCCCGGGCGAGAGAAUCGGUGCGGGUUAUGAUGACCAGAUGGUUUGCUUAACGGAGAGAGGAGGCCAGAUCGCAGCCAACCACACUUACGCGUGGUCUGGAGAAACUACUAAAUGUAAGUCAGUCGAUCGUGUAACUGCCGCCAGAGAUUUGACGAUACAAAGGAUUGAUGAUCAUCACACUGAAUUUAAAUAUGGAUCUUCUGGCGAGUCUUUGAAUGUUGUUAAUUUGGUAGAGCGAAAGUGCACAUGUCGACGUUUCGAACAUGAUAAAUUACCAUGUGUACACGCAAUCGCAGCUGCGGAGUACAAGAAUGUUUGUCAUAUAUCCAUGUGCAGUCCUAACUAUAACAGCGCUUAUUUGGUGAGCGCAUACGCUGAAUCGGUCAUGCCGGUUGACUCAGCGCAACCUGUUCCAGAAAUCGUAGCUAACCAACCGUGCUUGCCCCCGUCUAUUCGUCAAAAACAAGGAUGA